ACCCCAUUAAUGAAACUAUUUUUGGUGGAGACACUCGCACGAUUCGAGAAGGACGUGAAACGAACCGACACCGGGUUCCUGGCAAUAGCGACAGAGGUGGAAGACGGCAAGGAGAAGAUCUCGGAACCUCCAGGAAAAAUCAAGGAAUUGCUGAAGGAGUUCCAAGACAUUCUUCCUGACGACCUACCGAACGAGCUACCGCCAUACCGCACACAUCAACAUGAGAUCGUGGAGGAACCAGGUUCGAAGCCGACCUUCCGAGCACCAUAUCGGCUAAGUCCUACGGAGCUGACCGACAUGAAGAAACAAAUCGAGUAUCUCCUGGCCAAAGGACUCAUCCGACCAUCUACUUCACCAUACGGUGCCCCAGUACUCUUCACCCCGAAACCGGACGGAAGCCUGCGCAUGUGUAUCGACUACCGAGCUCUUAACAAGCAGACCAUCAAGAACAAGUAUCCGAUACCACGAAUCGAUGACCUGCUUGACCAGCUUCGGGGAGCUACGGUAUUUUCCAAACUGGAUCUGCGGUCCGGAUACUGGCAGAUACGGAUGGCGGACAACUCUAUCCACAAAACUGCUUUCCGAACUCGGUACGGAUCGUACGAGUAUCUGGUAAUGCCGUUCGGACUCACCAACGCACCGGCAACUUUCCAAGCCGAAAUGAACCACAUUCUACGACCACUUCUGGACGAGUGCGUGGUGGUGUACCUGGACGACAUCCUCAUCUACUCGCGCGACAUGAAGCAACACGUCGAACACCUGCGACGCGUCUUCGAAAUUCUUCGACGAGAACGAUUCUACCCUUGAAAGGGUCCAGUUCCUAGGACACAU